AUGACCCAUCACUCCCAACUGCCCCAUUCUCCCGCUUUCCAACUCAUUCUCCCUCUUUUCAUCACCCCGCCCCAUUCUCCCUCUUUCCAUCACCCCACCCCAUCCUUCCUCUUUCCAUCGCCCCGCCCCAUUCUUCCGCUUUUCAUCACCCUGUCCCAUUCUCCCUCUUUCCAUCACCCCUCCCCAUUCUCCCGCUUCCCAUCAUCCCGCCCCAUUCUCCCGCUUUCCAUCACCCCGCCCCAUUCUCCCGCUUUCCAUCACCCCGCCCCAUUCUCCCUCUUUCCAUCACCCCGCCUUAUUCUCCCGCUUUCCAUAACCCCGCCCCAUUCUCCCGCUUUCCAUCACCCCGCCCCAUUCUCCCGCUUUCCAUCACCCCGCCCCAUUCUCCCGCUUUCUAUCACCCCGCCCCAUUCUCCCGCUUUCCAUCACCCCGUCCCAUUCUCCCGCUUUCCACCACCCCGCCCCAUUCUCCCGCUUUCUAUCACCCCGCCCCAUUCUCCCUCCUUCCAUCACCCCGCCCCAUUCUCCCUCCUUCCAUCACCCCGCCCUAUUCUCCCUCCUUACAUCACCCCGCCCCAUUCUCCCGCUUUCUAUCACUCCGCCCCAUUCUCCCGCUUUCCAUCACCCCGCCCCAUUCUCAAGCUUUCCAUCACCCCGCCCCAUUCUCCCGCUUUCCAUCACCCCGCCCCAUUCUCCCGCUUUCCAUCACCCCGCCCCAUUCUCCCGCUUUCCAUCACCCCGCCCCCUUCUCCCUCCUUCCAUCACCCCGCCCCAUUCUCCCUCCUUCCAUCACCCCGCCCCAUUCUCCCGCUUUCUAUCAGCCCGCCCCAUUCUCCCGCUUUCCAUCACCCCGCCCCAUUCUCCCGCUUUCCAUCACCCCGCCCCAUUCUCCCUCUUUCCAUCACCCCGCCUUAUUCUCCCGCUUUCCAUAACCCCGCCCCAUUCUCCCGCUUUCCAUCACCCCGCCCCAUUCUCCCGCUUUCCAUCACCCCGCCCCAUUCUCCCGCUUUCUAUCACCCCGCCCCAUUCUCCCGCUUUCCAUCACCCCGUCCCAUUCUCCCGCUUUCCAUCACCCCGCCCCAUUCUCCCGCUUUCUAUCACCCCGCCCCAUUCUCCCUCCUUCCAUCACCCCGCCCCAUUCUCCCUCCUUCCAUCACCCCGCCCCAUUCUCCCGCUUUCUAUCACUCCGCCCCAUUCUCCCGCUUUCCAUUACCCCGCCCCAUUCUCAAGCUUUCCAUCACCCCGCCCCAUUCUCCCGCUUUCCAUCACCCCGCCCCAUUCUCCCGCUUUCCAUCACCCCGCCCCAUUCUCCCGCUUUCCAUCACCCCGCCCCCUUCUCCCUCCUUCCAUCACCCCGCCCCAUUCUCCCUCCUUCCAUCACCCCGCCCCAUUCUCCCGCUUUCCAUCAGCCCGCCCCAUUCUCCCGCUUUCCAUCACCCCGCCCCAUUCUCCCGCUUCCCAUCACCCCACCCCAUUCUCCCGCUUUCCAUCACCCCGCCACAUUUUCCCGCUUUCUAUCACCCCGCCCCAUUUUCCCUCCUUCCAUCACCCCGCCCCAUUCUCCCGCUUUCCAUCACCCCGCCCCAUUCUCCCGCUUUCCAUCACCCCGCCCCAUUCUCCCGCUUUCCAUCACCCCGCCCCAUUCUCCCGCUUUCCAUCACCCCGCCCCAUUCUCCCGCUUUCCAUCAUCCCGCCCCAUUCUCCCUCCUUCCAUCACCCCGCCCCAUUCUCCCGCUUUCCAUCACUCCGCCCCAUUCUCCCUCCUUCCAUCACCCCGCCCCAUUCUCCCUCCUUCCAUCACCCCGCCCCAUUCUCCCGCUUUCCAUCACCCCGCCCCAUUCUCCCGCUUCCCAUAACCCCACCCCAUUCUCCCGCUUUCCAUCACCCCGCCACAUUCUCCCACUUUCCAUCACCCCGCCCCCUUCUUUCUCCUUCCAUCUCCCCGCCCCAUUCUCCCUCCUUCCAUCACCCCACCCCAUUCUCCCGCUCUUCAUCAGCCCGCCCCAUUCUCCCGCUUUCCAUCACCCCUCCCCUUUCUCCCGCUUUCCAUCUCCCCACCCCAUUCUCCCGCUUUCCAUCACCCCGCCCCAUUCUCCCGCUUUCCAUCACCCCGCCCCAUUCUUCCGCUUCCCAUCAUCCCGCCCCAUUCCCCCGCUUUCCAUCACCCCUCCCCAUUCUCCCUCCUUCCAUCACCCCGCCCCAUUCUCUCGCUUUCCAUCACCCCGCCCCAUUCUCCCGCUUUCCAUCACCCCGCCCCAUUCUCCCGCUUUCCAUCACCCCGCCCCAUUCUCCCUCCUUCCAUCACCCCGCCCCAUUCUCCCGCUUUCUAUCACCCUGCCCCAUUCUCCCUCCUUCCAUCACCCCGCCCCAUUCUCCCUCAUUCCAUCACCCCGCUCCAUUCUCCCGCUUUCCAUCACCCCGCCCCAUUCUCCCGCUUCCCAUAACCCCACCCCAUUCUUCCGCCCGCCCCAUUCCCCCGCUUUCCAUCACCCCGCCCCUUUCUCCCGCUUUCCAUCUCCCCGCCCCAUUCUCCCGCUUUCCAUCACCACGCCCCCUUCUUCCUCCUUCCAUCACCCCGCCCCAUUCUCCCUCCUUCCAUCACCCCGCCCCAUUCUCCCUCCUUCCAUCACCCCGCCCCAUUCUCCCGCUUUCCAUCACCCCGCCCCAUUCUCCCGCUUCCCAUAA